AGGCGAGGGGAGAAUACUAAGCAGCAUCAGCCUCAUGGCUCAGCAUCAGCACCGGGCUGAGUUCACGUUUGCGCACCCAUCAAACUUGGCUUGGGACCUCAGCAUGUGAACGGGCUUUGCAGGAGGAGGAUCCACCUAGAAUGUCAGCUCUGAAGAAGGUGUUGCCAGGCAUACUGCAGAAGCAUUGCUGUAUCUUACCAGACAGGAACACAGGUGUGAAGAGGUUCCUGAUGAAAUUGAAGAGCAGGGAGAUAUAUUCAGAAUCACAGUGCACACUGUGUGGUGAACCAGAAGACCAACAGUAUUCAUGGUCACCCUCGCAGUACUUCGAUGAGGACAAAUACUCUCCUCCACCCAGGAACAUGAAGGGUCUCUCCGGCCGCCCUGCCCAGCUCCAGCUCACCUCCCCCACCUCAGCCCACACCUGCGGCCUGGCCGAGUGCGACCAUUCCCUGGACCACCUGCACCACCAUGGAGACUCGCGGCCCCCCUCCUACCUCCUCAGUCCCACCGAGAGCUGUCCGCUCGAGGGUCACCACCGCUGCUCCCCACGCAGUUCCAUCCACUCCGAGUGCAUGGUGAUGCCCGUGUCCAUGUCGGCCACGGACCACUCCAUUUCUAGUAGCACUUUCCCCCGGAUGCACUACGGCAGCGCUUCGCGGGACAGCGGUGGGAACACGUCUGGCGGCAGGGACUCCCGGGACGACGGUGGCUCGUCCUCGCACGGCGGCAGCGGCAAAAUGAACCGAAUCCCACCAAACCUCCUGGACCAAUUUGAAAAACAGAUGCCGCUGCACCGGGACGGCUUCCACACACUGCAGUACCAACGCACCUCCACCACCACCACAACUACAGAGCAGCGCAACGAAAGCCCCGGGAGGAUACGCCACUUGGUCCACUCGGUACAGAAGCUCUUCACAAAGUCGCACUCCCUGGAAGGCUCCUCCAAGAUGAACGGCACCAAAGGGGACUCCCACAGGGACAGCUCACACCACCACCAUCACCACCACCAAGGCCACCACAAACACAGCAAACGCAGCAAAAGCAAAGAGCGCAAAUCCGAAGGCAGCGGCAAGCAGCGCUCGGGAGGUUGGUGGAGUUCAGACGACAACCUGGACAGCGACAGCACGUACAGAACGCCCAGUGUCAUGACGCGGCAUCCCGUGGACCACAUCAGCCACUGCUACCCCGACUCCAUGCACGGCCACCUGGGGGGGGACCUGUCGCUAAAGGCCUCCAAGAGCAACAACGACGUCAAGUGCUCGGCCUGCGAGAGCAUCAGCAUGGCGCCAGAGGGCAAGUUCAUGAAGAGGAGCUCCUGGUCAACGCUAACGGUUAGCCAAGCCAAGGAAGCCUACAGGAAGUCCUCGCUCAACCUGGAGAAGCCCAUGACCCCUACGGACCUCAAGCCCAACCUCAGGCCCUGUCACUACCUACAGGUGCCCCAGGACGAGUGGGGGGGCUAUCCCGGCGGGGGGAAGGACGAUGAGAUCCCCUGCCGCCGGAUGCGGAGCAGCAGCUACGUCAAAGCCAUGGGGGACGAGGAGAGCGGCGAGUCGGACUCCAGCCCCAAGACGUCGCCCCAGAAGGCCGUGCGGCCGGACGCGCUCGUCAAGGCCAUCAUCAGACCCAGGGACCUGCUGGACUCCCAGAGCUCUUACCGCCUGGAUAAAAUCAACAGUGACAUGCGUAACUACAUCACCAAUUUUGCUGCAGACUUAAGUCAGAGCUACCACCUGCAGGCCACCAGGGACAUGCACCCGAGCAUUGCCCUGGAUCCCUCUGCCAACUACAACUCGCCCAAGUUUCGCUCCAGGAACCAGAGCUAUAUGCGAGCCGUCAGCACCCUCAGCCAGGCCAGCUGCGUUAGCCAAGUGAGCCAGGUGAGCGAAACAGAAAUAAACGGCCAGUUCGAGUCCGUCUGCGAGUCGGUGUUCAGCGAGGUGGAAUCCCAGGCCAUGGAGGCGCUGGACCUGCCCGGCUGCUUCAGGACCCGGAGCCACAGCUACCUGCGAGCCAUCCAGGCCGGCUACUCGCAGGAUGACGAGUGCAUCCCCCCCCUGGCCUCCACCGUCACCUCCACCAUCAGGUCCACCACAGGGAUCCAGUUCUGCCUCCCCUCCACCUGCAGCAUUGACUGGACUCCCCAGCAGACCCCAGCCAUCACCUACACCCCGAGCUACAAGAAGAACCCCCCUCCUCCGGUCCCGCCUCGCACCACCUCCAAACCGCUCAUCUCCAUCACGGCCCAGAGCAGCACCGAGUCCACCCAGGACGCCUACCACGAGGGCCGGCACGCCAUGUGGGCCUCCGACGGCCUCACCCUGGGGCUGAGCCCGGGCCGGGCCCUCUACAACUCCACCGACAGCCUGGACAGCGCCAAGGCCGUGACCAUCGCCAUGGAGGCGGCCGGGGCCAUGUCUGGGAAGAGGCACCCGUCCACGGACUCCCACAGCUCGGUGCUCACCUGCGACAAGGCCAUCCUGGUGUCCAAGGCCGAGGAGUACCUGAAAACGCCCCGCUCGUCAAUAGGGAUACAGGUGGAGGCGGCCACGGACUCUGAGUCGGAAAGCAAGGGCUCUCGGGAGUACCAUUCAGUGGGGAUCCAGGUGGAGGACGAUAAGAAAGGGCAGGGCAGGUUCAAGCGCUCCAACAGCGUGACGGCGGCCGUGCAGGCCGACCUGGAGCUGGAGGGCUUCCCCACCAUGGAGGACAAGGGCCUGCAGUUCGGCGGCGGCUUCCAGCGCCACUCCGAGCCCAGCACGCCCACCCAGUACGGGGCGGUGCGCACCGUGCGCACCCAGGGCCUCUUCAGCUACCGGGAGGACUACCGCACCCCCGCCGAGCCCCCCAGCCCCAGGGAGACCGCCAGCGAGACGGCCUGGCAGCUGGAGCCCCCCUCGCCCCGGGAGAGCGCCGCCUCGCCGGGGGAGUCCGGCCGGGUGUCGCCGUCCCUGCGGAGGGACGGGAGCUGGUUCAUGCAGCUGCUCCACAACGAGACCAAGAGGAUGGAGGGCUGGUGCAAGGAGAUGGAGACGGAGGCGGAGGAGAACGACCUGUCGGAGGACAUCUUAGGUAAAAUCCGAAGCGCAGUGGGAAGCGCUCAGCUGCUCAUGUCCCAGAAAUUCCAGCAAUUCUACUGGCUGUGUCAGCAAAACCUGGACCCCAGCGCCAUGCCGCGACCCACCUCUCAGGACCUGGCUGGGUUCUGGGACCUGCUGCAGCUCUCCAUCGACGACGUCACCAUGAAGUUUGACCAGCUGCAGCAGAUCAAGAACAACAACUGGAGGCCCGUCGACAGCCCCGAGAAGAAGCCACCAGCUCCGGUACCAAAGAAGACGGUUCGACAGAAGAGUGCGAUCACCAGGGAGAAGUCCCUGGACCUCCCCGACAGGCACCGGCAGGAAGCCCGCCGCCGGCUCAUGGCGGCCAAGCGGGCAGCCUCCUUCCGGCAGAACUCCACCUCGGACAGAGCGGACAGCAUUGAGAUCUAUAUUCCAGAGGCUCAGACUAGACUUUGAGAAGAUAGGGUCGGGGGGCCGCCUCGUCCCCCACCACUCCCUCGUUUAAGCAACUUUAAAACUAGCCUUUUUUCUAGACUGCUCCUCCCUCUCUACUCUUCCUCUCUCCAUCCGUCGUCCGAUCUCGAUCGCCAUCCUCAGCGCCCAUCGCCAACCCCAUCGGACUGUAGGAUGUGCCAUGGCUCUUCUCCCAUCGUUAGCAAAAACGUCCGUCUGACACGGGUUGGUCUGUUUUGUUGUUUUUGGUUUGUUUUCUCGAUUCGCUGGUGGCCACAGCGUCCAGCCCUCAUCCAGUGUGCUGUUUGGGUACGUAUGGAGUUUUUUCAGCAUUUGCAAAGUGCCAUUUAAAAAGUGCAGCUUUGGAUACCUACCAGCAACCAGGCCUUUGAGCUAUCAAAACCGAGUAAAUGAGCGCAAAAUAUAUUUAUUUCCAGUUGUUC